GUCAGUCAGAGCCAGUAGCCUAUACACGCUGUCUCUCUCUCUCAGUCAGCGCCUGGCUCACACAUUCUACACUCAACACCCGCUGCUCCUCGCCUCCUCACUGCAUCUGUUCUCUUCUCCCUGAAGUGAGGAACGAUGCAUCCUGCUUUUUCCUCCUCCUCUUCUCCGCUUGUCUGUUACCAUUCUAGGGUCUCUUUAUCAAACGGAGCGUUCUUGCUGCAAAGCCGGGGACCAUAAAAGCUGUGUUACUUGCUCGAGGACUUUGGAGACGGGACAAGGCAGCUUGCCGGGUCUAAGGACAGCUACCGGAAACGCUAAUGCUUUUUGCCGGUUUCUGUUGGGAUGCAGAUCUUUGCGGGCCUGUGCUUGCUGUGUAACACCGCUUGAUUCCUCACACAGGUGCAGAAGGGCACACAUCAAUCAAAAAUCUCUUUCUUGGUUGUCAGCGAACGCUGAGAACUUAUUGUGCGUGGAGUCAGACCGUCACUGAAUCACCGUCUCAACUCCUCAUACACUGACCAGGACUGCCCUCCUGCUAUGUUUGAUCUUCAUGUGACAUUGGCUUGAGAUUCUUCUCCUAAAAAAAACAACUGAAUGGUCCCAUGCCCCCAUCAUUCCCAUCUUCAAAUUCCCAUAUGAAAUUCAGCAGCACCAAGCAGAACUGGCCUGGACCAUUGACUUUCAACUUUACAUGAGAACAACGAGGACAAAAUCUAAGUUCCACUGACUGUUGGGGUACUUUUAAAGACAGAAAUACAGCCGUGUUUGUCUUGGAGCAGCUCUAGUGGCAUUUGCCAACAGCCAUGCAGGUUUCCUUUGCAUGCACGGACCACGGGCUGAAGGCCCCGCGUAACGGCGAGCACAGCAAGCAGAACGCAACCAGCCCCAACACAACCACCCAGGCCCGCGCCCGCUUCCGCACCGUGGCUUUGAUAGCUCGCAGCCUGGGCUCCUUCACCCACCGCUACCACCACAACCUGAAGGAGUCCACCGGCAAGCUCACCGGCAUGAAGUACCGGAACCUGGGGAAAUCUGGGUUGCGUGUCUCCUGUCUGGGGCUCGGCACAUGGGUAACAUUUGGAGGUCAGAUCUCUGAUGAGGUGGCAGAGCAGCUGAUGACUAUCGCCUAUGAGAGUGGGGUCAACCUGUUUGACACGGCUGAAGUCUACUCCGGGGGGAAAGCAGAGAUAAUCCUCGGAAACAUCAUCAAGAAAAAGUGCUGGAGGAGAUCCAGCCUGGUGAUCACCACAAAGCUCUACUGGGGAGGAAAAGCAGAGACAGAGAGAGGGCUCAACAGAAAGCACAUCAUUGAAGGUUUAAGGGGCUCCCUCCAGAGGAUGCAACUUGAGUACGUGGAUGUGGUUUUUGCCAACCGGCCAGACAGCAACACUCCCAUGGAGGAGAUAGUGAGAGCAAUGACACAUGUGAUCAACCAGGGGAUGUCUAUGUAUUGGGGGACAUCCAGGUGGUCUGCCAUGGAGAUCAUGGAAGCAUACUCUGUGGCCAGACAGUUCAAUCUAAUUCCACCAGUGUGUGAGCAGGCAGAGUAUCACUUCUUCCAGAGGGAUAAAGUGGAAACUCAGCUGCCAGAGCUCUACCAUAAGAUAGGUGUUGGUGUGGUAUCUUGGUCACCUUUGGCCUGUGGAAUCAUCACUGGGAAGUACGAGAACGGUAUCCCAGAAUCCUCCAGGGCCUCAAUGAAGCCAUACCAGUGGUUGAGAGAAAAAGUAAUGAGUGAGGAUGGGCGAAAACAACAAGCCAAGCUAAAAGAACUGGCUCACAUUGCGGAGAAGCUUGGUUGUACUUUACCACAGCUAGCCAUAGCUUGGUGCCUGAGGAACGAGGGAGUCAGCUCAGUGCUGCUGGGAUCCUCCAAUCCAAGCCAGCUAACAGAGAAUCUGGGAGCCAUUCAGGUAAUUCCAAAGAUGACUGCAGGUAUUGCUUCAGAAGUGGAUAAUAUAUUGGGAAAUCGUCCUCACAGCAAGAAGGACUACAACCAUUAGGAUGCACCCUGUUUUAGUGAACUAUGCUUGAAAAAGCUUAACAGAGCUCAAUUCUUACAGCCAUGGCACCAUAGUGCGUGCCCAACUUUGCUUGUGUGCGCGUAUGGCGUGUAUGUGUGACUGUGUAAAGUCCUCUGCUUGGCUUCUUGUCUGUAUGAAGAUCAACCAGUACUCAUUCUGAAGUGAGCUACUUGACAAAACAUGCAUGCUAUAGCUAUAUAGCAGCCUGCCACUGGACGGAACAACAGUUAGAAGAUCCAGUGAGAUGAUUUCUAGGUCAAAAUUCUCUCUCUUGGAGCAAAACAAAUUUUAAGUAGCAAAAUAAUAGAUUAGAUAACUGCACAAUUAAACUCAAGUGGAUUGACAACUAGCGUGUGCCAGUUACCGAAAAGCUUGUCAUUGUAUCACGAAGAUAAAACUGAAGAAGCACUUAUUGUCUAGAACGUUUUUUAGGCCAAGAACCCCUUAGCUGAAAGAGAGAUGGAGCAGGGACAUACAUAGGGACUACAGAUUUUAUGAAAUUGAGUUAAACUGGGCCUACAGUAACGUGUAGGGUGGCCUUUUGUGGUACAUACAACACUAAUCUAUUCAAAUAAUUUUUGACAUUUAUAUAUUUAUAUAUCAUGUUUAAAUGUUAAACAUACAUGUAGCACAGUGAAUCCUUAAGCUUAAUUGUCUCUGCGUAUGGCUACCUUACCUACAGGCCAAUAAGCAUCAUCAACAUUUUGUACAUUUAAAAACAGAUCUCAAAUAGGCCGAUUUAUCUUUGCUUAUACUAUGUUGAACUCAUGUUUAUGUAUAUUCUCAUACAUUAACUUUUGAA